CGUAGCCUAGUAGGAUGUGUUCAUUGAAGAUGGUGGCGGUGUGUCAGACGCACUGUCCGGCUCAUUUGUAAGAAUAUAUUUAUAUCUGUACACAUUUCCUACAUCGGCCACGCCUGACUUCAGCCUCUUCAGUGACAGCUUGUAGAGUGACCUGGUCCUCGGACCUCUUAGCUCUGCAGACAUGCAGCCCCCACCUCGGACUGGAACUCCCGGAGCCUCUGGCCCUCCUCCUUCUGGGCCUAAUAUGUUCCGCAGGACUCGGCCUCACAAGCAUACAGCAGCAGCCGCAGCCUCAGUGCCACCUGCUACCCAACCCAUGACAGACCCUUUUGCUUUUGUCAGAGCUCCUCCCCCUAUGGCCGCAGGUGGACCCCCGACAAUACCAAACAGCAACCCUCCACCAAUGCAAGCCCCACCCAACACCAUGUACUCUCAGGCUGGCUCAGGUCUGCCUCCACAACCACACGCACUGGAUGGUGUCCCUGCUGCUCCACUUGGUCCGCCACAGUCCUCUCUGCCAGGGGUGACCUUGUUCAACCCUCACGGUGCAGCAUCACCUGGUGUCUACCCAGCACCAAGUCCUACAGGAUACGCCUCCCCACAUACUGAGCAGGGCUAUUUUAAUUCAAGAGAACAGAUGCCACCCAUGGCCACCGAGCCCCAACCUGUGGCUUCACCCCCAGCUCCUAGUCAGACACCUUUGAACCAGGAUUUUCGAGGACAGCCUCCUCCUCAGCCUGUGCCCUUCCAGCCAGUGCCUCCCACCGCCUCCUCUUCUCAAUGGGCCCCUGAUCACGGAAGUCGCCCCCCUUCAGUUCAGAACUAUUUCCAGCCCACAAGUGAUCCUCCAUCACAGCCUUUUAAUAUGCCACCACAGAACCCGGUGUACCCCUCCCACACCCCUUCACCCCAUCACAGUGCCCCUACUCCCCCGACACAACAUGGACAUUCCCACACCCAGGCUACCCUUCCUCCCCAGAACCCUUUAAAUGCCCCUAGCUCUCAAUGGCCCGAUCCAAAUGCACCUCAGCCGCAUAACUCUCAUUUCCAAACUCAGAAUUACUUCAGUCAGAGCUCUGCACCCCAUGAGUCUUGGUUCAACCAACCUCCACAGGACUCUGGUUACCACCAAAUGGGAACUGGCUUUGGCCCACCUCAACCUCAGCCUCAGCCUCUGCCCCAGCAUGACUCUCCUGGAUCGCAACAUGGAUCCAACGCUGGGCCUGGGCCUAGUCCUGCUCCUGCCCCACUUCCGUACUCUCAGGAGUCUGGUACAAUCUCAAUGUUCUUCAAAGAUAAUGAUGUGGAAAAUGAGGAAACACUGGCUGGAGACAGAAAUAAGGCAGUGAAUGGUGUCCCUGAAUCCUUUCAGCAUCACAGUAACCCACAAGCUGCUCCACAAGCCUACACUGGCCAUGCAGACGCUCUUCUGGAUUAUCAAGGAGCUUCUGUGCAAGAUCAGUCACACCUACCGUACAUGAUUGAUGGUAAUCAUGCAUCACAAGGAAAUACCCAAAAGCCCCCAGAUUCCCAAUACGACCAUGUGGAGAAUUUGGAGUGUGUCCCAAACAUGGAGGUAUUACCUAGUGAAACCCAUGGCAGCCCUCCUGCUGCUGCUGCUCCUGCUCCUGCUCCUGCUGCUGCUGUCCAUGUAAUAGACACAUUUGAAGCAGGUCCUAACUUAGAGACUCCAGAUUCUAUUCCACGACCAAUAAGAUCUGCCAGCGUGUCCUCCAACUACAGCAACAUGAGCCAUGGAAGUGGAACUGGAACCAGCACUCGUCGACACCAGGGGGUAGUAGGUACCUUUAUUCAGCAGGAAAGCCCUCGUCUCACUGAUGAAGCUAACCUUUCCGCUGCUGCUGGAGGCUACUUUGAACAGAUUGACACUUCCCCAGCUGGAGAUACGGGUGCACAACAGAGCCCCGUGGAGCAGAUGUGGCCUCAUACACCUAGCCCCCCAAAACCAACCGGUAUCUUUCAGGCCAGUGCUAACAGCUCUUUUGAACCUGUGCGCUCACAUGGGGUAGGAGUGCGUCCUGUUGAAGUUGAUAGGGCAAAAAUGGUAGCCGAGGGUGGCGGCGAUUCUGUACCUGGCAACCUGGAGCAGCCACCAGAUAAUAUGGAAAAUAUCUAUGGGCCAGGACAUCCCUUACCUGCUGGGGCUGCAAGUGGUAUACCCCAUCCGACGCAUCCAGUGGUUCAUUCUCACUCCCGACCUUCAUCCCGUGCUUAUGUUGCCAGUCGGCCCUGUGAGAGCCCUGCCACAACUCUGUGGGCUCAGAAUGAUCCUGCUAGCUUAAGCGCUAACAUUCUUCUAGCUCCUGCUGCUCCGACAGUUCUUGCCCCUUUACGAGAGCCCAGUGCUGAUGUCAUCCAGCCUCCAGAGGAUGGCCCAUUGGACCUCCAGCCUUCACAGCGAAUCCCACCAACAUCACAGCAACAUUCAGAGAACCUAGAAAACCCACCAAAGGUCACCAAAGAUGCUCAACAGGGGUUAAGAGUGGAAGGGAAUGCCCCUGUCCAGACCCCGGCCUCUUUAUCUACCCCACAGGUACCACCAGCACCCUCCCAAGCAGCUGCCGUUUCACAGCAGCAACAAACUGAACCUCCUAAGACAUCAGAUUCUCAGGCUGCACCACAGGGACAAAAUGAUGCUCCUCCUGUUCCAGUGAGUGGAGCACAACAUCCCCCUGGCCAUUAUCCACCUCCAGCGCAGGGGCCGCCCAUUGCAGGGAGUGUCCCUCCUACUGCUGCUCCAGGCCCUCCAGGGCCUCAGGGGCCAGUUCCUCCGGGGGCCUCCCAGCCCGCUCCUACAGAGCCACCUCGACCACCCUCCUCUGCGGGCAGCCAGCACAGCUACGGGCCCCAUCCUGCAGUGCCAGGGCAAGUGUAUGGAGGUUAUUAUGGUAACUAUGGAGAAUACCCGGAUGGCAGAGCACCUUAUCCUCCUGGCCAGUACCCACCUCAACCUGGGGAUCCUAGGCUACAGCAAUAUUAUGAUGGUCAGUACAGGAACAGAGCAGAUCCUUGGUAUGGAAGAUAUGAAGGGCAGAACCCAGCCUACCGUGAUCCAAACUACCAGUACAGGGAGCCUCAGCCAGAGCGACCCAGCUCCAGAACCAGUCAGUACUCUGACAGGCCUUCAUCCAGGCAAGGCUAUCCUGAGAAUUACCCCAGACCAAACCGAAGUGCCUAUAGUUAUGCGGAUUAUGCAGAAUACGCCAAGCACUAUAAUUAUGCAGGAUACAACUAUGGACAGUAUGACCCUCGAUACAGAGGAUACUAUGAUCAGUCCUACUGGUAUGAUGACGCCUACAGAGGCAGAGAAGGCUACUAUAAUCAGCGUCCGUAUACUGGCAGGAAAGAAGGCUACGAAAACCAGUGGAUGUACUAUCCUGGUUAUGAUGCCAGUUUUGAUGAUGAGUACCGUGGUGGUGAAAUGUGUGGAGAUGAGUUUGACCGACGCAGCAUCCACAGCGAGCAGUCGGCACACAGUGUGCACAGCUCCCGGAGCCAGCACAGCAGACGAAGCAGCUUCAGCUCACGGUCUCAACAGAGCCAGGUGUACAGGAGCCAGCCUGACUUAGUGUCAGCAGUCUAUGACACCACAGCAUCCACUAUGGCUGUGGACUACUCUUAUGUACAUUAUCCAGACCAGACUGACCCUGCACAGAACUGCAGUCAGUACAUGUUUCCCUCUGAGUACAAUGCAGAUAGCACCUGGAACGCCCCUGAACAACCUCCCCCUCGUCCUGCAACCCCAGAGAAGUUCACCAUACCCCAUCGUUGUGCCCGCUUUGGACCCGGUGGUCAUCUGGUCCAAGUUCUGCCUAAUCUCCCCUCAGCUGGGCAGCCUGCUCUCGUUGAUAUUCACAACUUGGAGACCAUGCUGCAGGAUACCCAGGACCAGGCAGAACUGCGAAGCUUCCCUGGACCUCUUGUUAAAGAGGAGACCCAUAAAGUGGACGUGAUCAAGUUCUCCCAGAACAAAGCACUCGAGUGUUCCCGUGACAACAACCUCUUGGACAGAGAUUCUGCUCGCCUACUUUGGGACUUCAUUAUGCUCCUCUGUAGACAGAACGGGACUGUGGUUGGCACAGACAUCGCUGACCUCCUGCUGAAGGAGCAUCGGUCUGUGUGGCUGCCAGGCAAGAGUCCUAAUGAAGCCAACUUGAUUGAUUUUAACAAUGAACCUCUGGCACGAGCUGAGGAGGAGCCGGGAGCUGGACCACUAUCCCUUCUAUCGGACACCUUCAUGACUGUGCCAGAGAACGUUGGCAAAGAAACUGAACGCUUCAGGGAGCUGCUGCUGUUUGGCCGCAAGAAGGAUGCACUCGAAGCAGCUAUGAAGGGAGGUCUCUGGGGCCAUGCCCUGCUGUUGGCCAGUAAGAUGGACAACAGGACACAUGCACGUGUCAUGACCAGGUUUGCCAACAGUUUGCCUAUCAAUGACCCUCUUCAGACAGUGUACCAGCUGAUGUCAGGGAGGAUGCCUGCAUCAGCCACUUGCUGCGGAGAGGAGAAGUGGGGCGACUGGCGCCCUCACCUGGCCAUGGUGCUGUCGAACCUCACACACACCCUGGACCUGGAUACUCGGACAAUCACCACCAUGGGGGACACUCUCGCUUCCAAGGGGCUGAUUGAUGCGGCACACUUCUGCUACUUGAUGGCUCAAGUUGGUUUGGGAGUUUUCACAAAGAAGAGCACCAAGAUGGUUCUGAUUGGCUCCAACCACAGUUUCCCCUUUUACCAAUUUGCAACCAACGAAGCAAUCCAAAGGACUGAGGCCUAUGAGUAUGCUCAGUCUCUGGGCUCCCAGCCCUGUUUACUGCCUAAUUUCCAGGUGUUCAAGUUGAUCUAUGCAUGCCGCUUGGCUGAAGUGGGCCUGAGUGCUCAGGCCUUCCACUACUGUGAAGUUAUCUCUAGGACUGUCCUCAUGCAGCCAUCCUACUACUCUCCUAUUUUUAUUAGCCAAAUCAUACAGAUGUCUGAAAAGCUGCGGUUCUUUGACCCACAACUGAAAGAGAAGCCAGAGCAGGAGCUGUUCAAUGAGCCUGAAUGGCUGAUCCACCUCCGACAGCUGGAUGGACAGAUCAGGACGGGGGUGAUUACUUACAAUGCAGACAGAGCAACUCCUACACAGUUCACCUGCAGCAGUCCCAGCUCUGACUUGGACCAGCCCAGUCCACCUGAACCUUACAACAUGCCGCUGGAGCUGGAUGGCCCCACCCCUGACAACCAACUAAUGAGCUCAUUACUACCAGGGCCUCCACCACAGGGGGUACAGCUGAUGCCUCCAGCUCCCACCUCUAUCCUCCAAGAUGGGAUGGCCCCACCUCAGCCCUUACCCCACAAUGAUAUGCCCCAGUUCUACCCAGUGCCCCCUGUUGGACCACCAGGACAGAUCCCCAUGUCAGGCUACCCUCCACAAGAUCCCGGCUUCGCCCCGCCUCCCUUCCAGCCUCAACACGACCAGCCUGAAAUGUAUCCAGGACCUCAUCAACAGCCGUGUCCCCCACCUUCUCAAAUGGGCCAAAUGUCACCACAUAUGCCCCCUCAGAUGCCGCAUUCACCUACACAUAUGAACCACCCGCCACCCCAGAUGCCACAACACAUGCCUCCUUCUCCUGGGCACAUGCCACAUUUCGAGCAGUCGCCCUACAUGCCACCAGAGAUGCAGGCGGCACAACCGAUGCCGUCCUCCCCACACAGAAGCUCCCUCACACCUCAGAGGGACUUCUAUGACCACAUGGCUCAAAUGGGUCCCGGAAGGCGAUCCAGGUCUACUUCACAGUCUUCGAUGCAUAUGCCUUCAGGACGCCGUUCUCGCACCACCUCUGAGUCCUCCACUCACUCUGGUGGAAGAGAGCGGAGCAACUCGGCUAUCAAGCAGGUCUCACCACCCCCACCUUCUAUUCCUGAGCAGCCCCGCAAAGAAGAGGCCAAGAAGGCCAAGAAAGACUCCCCGAAAAAGACCGCUGGCGGCGGCGGUGGUGGCAGCUGGCUUAGCUGGCUCUAUAGGAAGGGGAAGAAUGAGGCUCACCUGCCAGAUGACAAAAACAAAUCUAUUGUGUGGGAUGAACAGAAGCAGAAAUGGGUCGACUUGAACGAGCCAGAGGAGGAGAGUAAGCCCCCUCCACCACCUCCUUCUGGGUUCCCCAAAAUGGGUCCAAUGCCUGGCCCUGGAGGACCUGCCGCACCUCCGGGUGGUGGUCCUCCUGUCAACAUGUUCUCCAGGAAAGCAGGUGCAAGGAGCAGAUAUGUGGAUGUUCUGAAUCCCAGUAGAACGGUUCAACCAGGUGGAUUAGCUCCUGCCCCUCCUGUGGACAUCUUUGCUCCUCUGGCACCGAUGCCCAUGCCCGCUAACCUAUUUGUGCCUAGUUCAGCUCCUGACGAUCAACAACCUCUGGAGGGCAGCGAAGGAGGAAAUCAGGAGCAGAAUUCACCAAAUACCAGCGCUGCUCCACAGAUGUUCAACCCGACGUUGCUACCACCUGCCCCAGAGGGUCCUCCCGUGCCUGAUGGGUCACAGUCUGGGGAGAGUCAUCCUGCCCAGGGAGCUCCACCCACUGGAGGCGUCACCUUUUAUAACCCUGCACAGUUUGCACAGACAAGUGCACCAUCAGGAGGAGGACUCCGCUCUGGUCGUUUGGUCGGUCAACGCCAGUACCCAGUGAUGAAGUAAACAUCAUCCUAGAAAGAGAUUGUAAACAGACUUGUUGGAUAGAGAGAUAUCCUACCUGGAAGUACAUGAAGCACAUGGACAUACUGCUCUCUGUCUUAAGGACCCUUCUUUCUGCCUGCACCUAAGAAGAGCAUAAUCACAGUCUCCAUCAUGUUGGUCUUUGUCAAACAGCUUAACCACUCUCUCUCAUCUUUUUUUCUUUAGUUCAGUUAUCGUCACAGGUGUAUUUUUUUUAUUUUAUUUUAUUUUUAACAGGCAGGGUGUUUCUUCGAAGGGCUUACUCCUGCAUUCGAACAGAAAACAGGCAGUUGUAUAAAGGGUUUUUACUCACACACAACAGCUUAUUCAUGGAUGCAUUCAUUCACAAGCUGUAUUUCAUGUAGACGUCAUUUAGUGUAUAAUAAAUAUGUUGCUCCUCUAAGCUGUCCAGCUUCCCCUCGAACGCAACACUGUUAACUGUUAACACAAUCAUCAUUUAGUUUUCCCUCUUGUGUCUAAAGUCCAGAUGUCCUUGAUUGAUUGAUUGAUUGUGUGUGUGUGCGUGUGUGUAUGAUGGGUGAUGGAUAGAAAGGAAGUAGCACCUUUUUAAUUUCAUAUUGUGGACUUUUAUGUGCAUUUUUGCAGUUCUUCAGUGUUCUUCUGUCAACUGAAGAUGGCAGUUUUGUGUGAGAAUGAAAAUUGUGUCAAUAGUGCAUCGUCUGCUGUGUUGUUCGCUUUCCCUCAGUCGCCCUCCAGUAAAAGGAAGGAUGUUGGAUGACGUGCGAGAGAGAGAGAGAGAGACACUCGUGCUCGGCUUCGCGACCUGAGCGUUGGAGAAGGUCUGCAGUGUUAAGGAUGCUGCUCGUUUCAGAUAUUUAUUUACAUGUCCUCCUGCCCGUCAGCAACUUCUUCACUUUAAAAGACGUGUCGGGGGGUCUUUUCGUCCAAGUUAGGCUCAAACUUCUCACCUGAGAAAUUUGACAAUAUCGCCGAAAAACAAAGGGUGACUUCAGAACAGCAGGAAUCGGGAUUGAAAUCGCAUUUUAAAUGUUGCUAAAAAAAUAAAUCUAUCCAAAUAUUUGUAUAUCAGAUUGAUUGUAUUUAUGAGCUGUAGGCAUAAAAGUGUGUGUGUGUGUGUGUGUGUGUGUGUGUGUGUGGAGAGCAACUAAUUUUUUCUGAUUAGCUUUGAUGAAAUGCAUUUAUGAUUCACUAAAGAUGACAUGGAUUCAUAUUCUGAUCAUUUGUAUCGGCCGCUUCUGCAAACAAAUAAAUCUUUAUCUAAAUUGUGAAAUGAGAACUAACUGUACUCGAAAUACUUCCUUGUUAUUUGAGUUUACUAAUAUGAUUUUUAUUUUAAUCACUUGUCAUCCCAAAUCCCCUGCUUCUAAAAAAAAAAAUUUUCAGAUUCAGUGAUUUUUGUAGACAUAAGUUAAUGAUUUAAAACUUGCCCUUUUGCUGAAAAGAAGCGAUUGUUUUGCCCAAUGUUUUAGAAUUCCUCGUGUAAAACUCUUGACAUAAAGCAGUGAAUACAACAAGUAAAUACUAAUGGAAAUAAAGGUAUUUUUGCGCCCUGUAGCACUUUGAAAA